CCUGGCAGCUCCGCACCUGGGACCCAGGGGCUCCAUUUUGAGCUGCUGCAGGCCGAGACUUUCCAUCCCUCGAUUCAAAGUCAGCCAGAGCUUCUCUCCCGAUCCCCACAGCUUGUCAUUCCCGAGAAUUCUUUAUUUCGACCUCGAUAUCCCUCCUUCCUCUUACGCGACGACCGCAUCCCCGCCGUCCAUCUCCAACCGGGUAUAUAACGUCAUGAAUGAAACCACUCCUUCUCCGACACCGGGUCCCGCUACAAAACCCUCCAAGUCUCCACCUGCUCCGACAGCAGGCACAAAACGAAAGCGAGGGUCAGCGGGUAAAUACUAUGCUGUCAAAUCGGGCUACCAACCGGGAGUCUACUACGAAUGGAAAGAGUGCUUGGCCCAGGUGACGGGAUACAAAGGCGCCGUGUUCCAAGCUUUUUAUAGCCUUGAAGAAGCGAACGCCUUCCUAACCGGUGCCAAACCUCCCACCCCGCGGGGUAGUUCUCCCCUGCAUGCGGAGCCGACGCGAUUUUACGCAGUUCAACGUGGACGCACCCCAGGGGUAUAUACCAACUGGGCCCAUGCCCAGGAGCAGAUCAAAGGCUUUGCGCGACCCCGUUACAAAAAAUUCUCUACAAGAGAAGAAGCAGAGGAAUUUGUGAGACUUGGACGCGAAACUCCCGUUCUCGGAAGCGCAUCUGCAGAAUCAAAGCCCCCUGGAGUUCCAGGAAUGAUUACUGAAACUACGAAGGAAGAGGAAGGCGUUCCUUUUAACCCGGGUGAAGGACAUCUACCCCCUGGCGCGGAGGAUGGGUUUGACCCGAAUAUCCUUCUAGAUCCUGCAACUGGAAAAAUAGUACAAAAAACAAACGCACAAAAGACAGCAACAAAGACACGCCCUAAAGCACCACCGGGAAUGCUGCGUAUUUAUACUGACGGCAGCUCGUUGAAGAAUGGAAAAGCACAUGCCUCUGCAGGAGUAGGGGUAUAUUUUGGACCUGGGGAUUCACGAGCCUUUGAAAGGUAGCCGUCAAACGAACCAGCGAGCUGAACUCACUGCCAUCCUACGCGCUCUUGAUAUUGCCCCGCGACAUCGAGAUGUGACAAUAUUUACUGACAGCCAGUAUGCAAUCAACUGCGUUACCGUGUGGUUUGUCAAAUGGCGACGCAACUCUUGGAUGACAGCGGACAACAAGCCCGUUGAGAACAAGGAUCUA